CAAACGGACAUAUCACGUGACUCGAAAGAUAAGAAAAUCAUAUAAAUUCUAGCGAACUGUCAGCGUCUGUAGAGAAGGGCGGAUUGAAUGUAUACAUUGAACAACAACCAUGGAAUCUGCAUAUCUGUGUUUGUUGGUUUGUGUUAUAGUUGUUAUUGUGGACUUUAAUCAGUGCGAUGCAGUUACACCAGUUAUUGGCAAAGCAUGCAACAGUUCAACUGAAUCAACUGUGUGCACUCUGAAACACUCUGUAUGUACUUCUUCAGCAUGUGCAUGUGAAACAGGUUACACGAACAAGAAGAACCAGUGUUUGACAGUUCUUGGAACUCCAUGUGGCUCAACGAACGCAUCGACUGUUUGUACAACGAAAAAUUCUGGAUGUUCUACAGCCGGCAAGUGUUUCUGUCCUGCGAACUAUGUAGAAGAAGAUGGGAUGUGCCCUAAUGCUUUGGGUCAAACGUGCAUAGCAGCCACGGACUGUGUAUCAAAUGCUGACUGCGAUACAACGGUCAAAACUUGCAAAUGCAAAGCGGGAUUCGUUGAUACAAGCGGAUUGUGUGCAAAACCAUCAUCCGCAGUGACAAUAAAGAUUACUUUGAGUACUUUUGGCAUUCUGAUGUUUUUAAAUGUCAUACUGAAAGCGUUCUAAAGUGGUAUAAAAGUGUGUGAGAGAUUAAAUACAGAAACAUUUGUGUUCACUUGAUGCAGAUAUAGAAAUUAAAUGUCAAAUUAUUCCUCUGUGUGAUACAAUAAACGUUUACUGUUGCCAUAUUUAGUGGUUUACGACGUUAUUUGAAUGUGACGCCGUGUAUCAUUUAUGCCUCGAUUUGGAGAGAAAAUAGCUGUGUUAAUUAAAUUUUAGAUUAUUUGAUAAUUAUGUUUGAAAUAAGCGAUCGUUUAGCGAAAAACUGUCCCCGCCUAUUGGUAAUUCUUAUUUUUCUGAUAUGAAGUUUGUCCGUGUAUUCGAAGAAACUGACAGUUCUUGAACUUUUGUACUAUAUUGUAUUAUUUUAACUUUGACGGUUUUAAAUUAAAUCUGACAAAAAGAAAUAAAGAGGUUAUUACCCAUAACGUAAGGCAGUAAUGUUUCUUAUGAAUUAUGCCAUAUACCAAGUGGUUAGGUCACGCGAAUUCGUGAAGAACAUUUGAUGCUGAAUACCACGUUUUGUAUUAUUGUGGAAUUCACCGUAAUAAAGGAUAAAAGAUUGCAUAUUAGUUCAAAAAUUGUUAUAGUCACACUACUUUACCCUUUAAGAUUAGUUAAUCUAAUCUUUUUUGACAUACACUUUUAUACCCACAUGUCAUAUGGCAUAUGUACAUUAUUAGGUAAUACAACAUAAAUAUAUAGUUAUAUUACUUGAAAAAAUAAGCGACGUCAAGUGAUCAAACAUCUUGAAUUGUUCUUUUGCACGAUAUUGUACACGAGUUUAUUUCAAUUUAAUUGUUGUAGCUAAACAGUUUACUUCUGAAGAUAAAUGUAUGUAUCAACAACCACUACUGCGUUUUAAUUUUCCAGAUUCUUGCAGAGAGGAGAUACAAUUGAUCUUACAA